AUGAGAACGCCACGUCUCAACCAUGAAGCUGAAAAGGAGAAGGCGGCCGCCUAUAGGCCGAUCCCAUCGCCCGACAACACCGAAUUGGAAGACCUUAUGAGACUGAGAUACCGGAGCACUCGUCGCGCAUAUCGUCGCACAUCCAAACUACAAGAUGCAAGAGGGGUUAUGCGCUCAGUUGCUUGCUAUGGUCGUGGCUCAACAUGCAAGUGGUCAUCAAGCACCCGCCUCCCUGGCAGACAUCCUGUGGCGACUAGGACGGCGGGUGGGGGUCUCCUCCAGCAGAUGCUAGACCUGCGCGGGCAGGAGCUAAUUGAUCGCCGUCGCGAACGGGCCAUCUGGACUCAUGUUGCAUAUAGGAUGUCAAGAGGGUGUAUUGGGGGUUCUUCUCGGUGGACGCAACGACAGAUGUUUUGA